AAAUCUCCUUCUCCACUUGUAGGCUGGUUAUGAUGGUGAGAGUAUCGGAAAUUGCCCAUUUUCUCAGCGUCUCUUCAUGAUUCUCUGGCUGAAAGGCGUUAUAUUUAACGUGACCACGGUGGACCUGAAAAGGAAACCCGCAGACCUGCAGAACCUGGCUCCCGGAACAAACCCUCCUUUUAUGACUUUUGAUGGUGAAGUCAAGACGGAUGUGAAUAAGAUCGAGGAGUUCUUAGAGGAGAAAUUAGCUCCCCCGAGGUAUCCCAAGCUGGGGACCCAGCACCCCGAGUCUAAUUCGGCAGGAAACGACGUGUUCGCCAAAUUCUCAGCGUUUAUAAAAAACACAAAGAAGGAUGCAAACGAGAUUUAUGAAAAGAACCUGCUGAAGGCCCUGAGGAAACUGGAUAAUUACUUAAAUAGCCCUCUGCCUGAUGAAAUAGAUGCCUACAGCACGGAGGAUGCCACUGUCUCUGGAAGGAAGUUUCUAGAUGGGGACGAGCUGACGCUGGCUGACUGCAACCUCUUACCCAAGCUCCAUAUUAUUAAGAUUGUGGCCAAGAAGUACAGAGAUUUUGAAUUUCCUUCUGAAAUGACUGGCAUCUGGAGAUACUUGAAUAAUGCUUAUGCUAGAGAUGAGUUCACAAAUACGUGUCCAGCUGAUCAAGAGAUUGAACACGCAUAUUCAGAUGUUGCAAAAAGAAUGAAAUGAA